AUGGCUGCCCAGUGCGACGCUUUAAGCGGAUACUUGCAGCAGUCGGACCAGGGCUCCAACAGCGAGCGCAGCGCCGACUCUCCUCUCCCGGGAUCAGAGGAGGACCUGAGCGGACUCUGCCCGCUGCCCGACCCGGAGUGGACCGAGGAGAGGUUUCGGGUGGACCGUAAGAAGUUGGAAGUCAUGCUAUUAGCUGCCUCUGAGGGGAGAGUCAACGGAGGGGAGGAUUUCUUUCAGAAGAUCAUGGAUGAGACCCAAACGCAGAUCGCCUGGCCCUCCAAACUGAAAAUCGGAGCCAAGUCCAAAAAAGAUCCACACAUCAAGGUGUGCGGGAAGAGGGAGAAUGUGAGGGAAGCCAAAGACAGAAUUAUGUCCGUCCUUGACACAAAGAGUAACAGGGUAACUCUGAAGAUGGACGUCUCUCACACAGAGCACUCUCACGUUAUUGGAAAAGGUGGCAACAACAUCAAGAAGGUGAUGGAGGAGACGGGUUGCCACAUCCAUUUCCCAGACUCCAACAGGAACAACCAGGCAGAGAAAAGCAACCAGGUGUCCAUCGCAGGCCAGCCAGGAGGAGUGGAGGCGGCUCGAGUAAAAAUAAGAGAGCUGCUUCCUCUUGUGCUGUCUUUCGAGCUUCCUGCCAUCAUGCAGUCUGACCCCAGCUCCCCCACUGUGCAGCACAUCUCGCAGACCUACAGCCUCACAGUCUCCUUCAAGCCCCCGACCCGCCUCUACAGGGCCACCGGCGUGGUUCGCGGCUCACAGAAUAACGCCAACGCCGUCAAGAGAGGUACAGCUCUGCUGUUGGAGCAUUUGUCUGGUAGUCUGGCAAGCACCAUCUCCGUCACCACCCACCUGGACAUCGCCCCCCAGCACCACCUCUUCAUGAAGGGCCGCAAUGGCAGCAACAUCAAGCACAUCACCCAGCGAACGGGAGCCCAGAUCCACUUCCCUGACCCAAACAGCCCCCAGAAGAAAUCCACAGUCUACAUUCAGGGCACCAUUGAAUCAGUCUGCCUGGCACGGCAGUACCUCAUGGGCUGCUUGCCUCUGGUGUUAAUGUUUGACAUUAAAGAGGACAUUGAGGUGGAGCCCCAGUGUAUCACAGCACUAAUGGAGCAGCUGGAUGUCUUCAUCAGUAUCAAACCAAAGCCAAAACAACCCAGCAAGUCUGUCAUAGUCAAGAGUGUGGAGAGGAACGCAGUGAACAUGUACGAAGCCCGAAAGUUCCUCCUGGGUCUGGAGAGCAGCGGGGUGUCGUCCUCCUCGCCGUCUGUGUUGUUGAAUCCCGCCACCACUGUCCCGUCCCCGUCCUUCAUCUGCCCCGUUGGCCUGGACAUCCUGGCCUCAGCUGGCCUGGGGCUGAGCAAUCUGGGUUUCCUGGGAGCGACAGCGACUCACUCCCUCAACUCUGCUGCACCGAACGCCGUCCUCAACAGCUUAAAUUCCUCCAUGAACCCUAUGCAGACCCCGAGCCCCAGCACCCCCACACCCACCACAUCCCUCUGGCCCAGCUCACUCACCAGCACCCAAGGUCUGUUUAUUGGCCAUCUGCUGCUGCACCCCUCCGCCCAGGCCACAUUGAGUAGCAUCCUGCUGUCGAGUGUUCAGGGUUACAAUCAGAGUACGCCGUCCCCACCUCCUGGCCUCGCUCCCAUAGAUAAGCAGCCCAACGGGGUCCCGGACUGCACCAAGGGCCCCUGCACCCUCAACGGACACGUCAAGCAUCCUAGCUCCGUCUACGGGAGGAUAGCGACUGCAUCACUUGCAGAAACCGUUUUGAGCCCAGCCCCAUGUGACUCGGUCCAGGAGGCCAGUGGACACAAUCCUUCAGAACCGCGGUCCAGCAAGUCCAGCCCAGAUGACGGUUCGGACACAUUUGUGGAAGUGGGCAUGCCCAGAAGCCCCUCGCACUCAGCCAAUGGCAUUGAGCUGAAACAGAUGCUGGCUUCAUGUAAGACGUCAUCAGGGAAGCGACAGGCUCUGGAGCUGCUGCAGGGCACCAAGAACUCCCAUCUACACUCCGACUGUCUUCUCUCGGACGCAGAGUCCAGCUCAUCAGACAGCCCUGUGGCCGAUAAACGGGCUCCUGGCAGCGAGCGAGCGGCUGAGAGGGAGCGAAUCAGACUGGUACCACAAACCUCCUUCGCCAACAUACAGGCAUUUGACUAUGAACAGAAGAAGCUGUUGGCAACCAAAGCUAUGUUAAAGAAGCCCGUGGUGACUGAGGUGCGGACUCCCACCAACACCUGGAGUGGUCUGGGCUUCUCCAAGUCCAUGCCAGCCGAGACCAUCAAGGAGCUGCGAAGAGCCAAUCACGUUUCGUACAAGCCCAGCAUGAGCACCACCUUCGAGGAUUCUCCGCUGUCCUUGUCUCGAUCCGGCAGCAGGGAAGGCCUCGGCAACGGCAGUGAAUCUGACAACUGGCGAGACCGGAACGGCACCGGUAACGGCCUGCCGAGUCACGACGAGUUCCCCUCCGUUGUCGGCAGCCCAAAGAGGAAGCAGAACAAAUCUGCUGCAGAGCAUUACCUCAGCAGCAGCAACUACAUGGACUGCAUCUCCUCGAUAACUGGCAGCAACGGCUGCAGCCUGAACUCGUCUCUGAAAGGCUCAGACCUGCCUGAGCUGUUCAGCACGCUGGGCUUAGGGAAGUACACGGACGUCUUCCAGCAACAGGAGAUUGACCUCCAGACAUUCCUGACUUUAACAGACCAGGACCUGAAGGAACUGGGCAUCACCACCUUUGGAGCCCGCAGGAAAAUGCUGCUCGCCAUCUCAGAACUAAACAAGAACCGGAGGAAACUAUUCGAGCCGCCCAUCAGGUCCUCUUUCCUGGAAGGGGGAGCCAGCGGCCGCCUUUCCCGUCAGUUUCACGCAGACAUGGCCAGCGUCAGUGGGCGAUGGUAG